AUACAAAUUUAGAAACAAGCAUGGCAGGGAUGGAGCCAAGUUUGACAAUCCAAAGGUGGUCUCUCAAGGGUAUGACUGCCCUUGUCACUGGUGGAACAAGAGGCAUUGGAUAUGCAAUAGUAGAAGAGCUAGCAGGUCUUGGAGCGACCGUACAUACCUGUUCUCGUAACCAAACAGAGAUCAAUAAGAGACUACAAGAAUGGGAGAGUCAAGGGUUUAAGGUUAGUGGCUCAGUUUGUGACGUGGGUUCUAGUUCCCAGAGAGAGGAACUCAUCAAGACUGUGUCUUCUGUUUUUGAUGGCAAGCUCAAUAUCUUUGUAAACAAUGCUGCAGUUGUGACACUUAAAGAUGCAAAGGAAUACACGCAUGAACAUUUCUCAACUAUAAUGAGGGACAAUGUUGAGUGUCCGUACCAUCUAAGCCAACUUUUACACCCUCUCUUGAAGGCAUCAGGAGCUGGUAAUAUUGUUUUUGUUUCCUCUAUUUCCGGUGUGAUUGCUUUACCCAAAGCCAGUAUCUAUGCAGCAUCCAAAGGAGCAAUCAACCAACUUACAAAGAAUUUGGCAUGUGAAUGGGCAAAAGAUAGGAUUCGCACAAAUGCAGUAGCACCAUGGAGGGUCAACACUGGCAUCUCAAAUCCAGACCAUCCAACUGCUGAUGAAUAUAUCCCGCUAAUGAUGAGAACUCCUAUCAGUCGACUUGCAGAGGCUAAUGAAAUAUCAUCCAUGGUUGCAUUCCUUUGCCUUCCUGCAGCUUCUUAUAUCAAUGGACAGGUUAUUAAUAUUGAUGGAGGAUUCACAGUGUGUGGUUUCUAGUCAAAGUUUGAUCUAAAAUCAGUAAUCCUCUUUUCCAGUUUAAAUUUGCUGGUACUUUCAAGUCUACAAAACAGAUAAUAAGAUUAAAAUAAAAAAAAAAGGAUAAAAAAAGAAAAACUAUCAUUCGUAUGGUAUGAACUAAUUUGCAUGUGAAAUUUUUCAUCUGUUAAGUGUUUUAAGUCCUGCAAGGGGUCUGAUAAGCCUCCUGACAGCUGAAUGUAAUUUUUGGAGU